AGAAUCGUCAGGGAUUGGCAUCAGUAUUAACGAUACGAUGUUUCAAGUGUUUGUUUUUAAACAAUGUACCAACAUCGAAGCAACAUUUCGAUGUGAAUACCAAAAAAUUGUUAUUCGACAUAAAUGCUAAUGCUGCUCUGAGUACUUUGCAUAGCGGGUUGGGAUACGCAAGCACUCAGAGAUACUUAGAAACCAUGAACAUCCCAAGUAUGAGCUGGAAAACCUACAAGAAAUAUGAGAGAGUGGCAGGACAAGCAAUAGAACAUGUCGUGAAAGAAAGCUGUUCAAAAGCAACGGCUAUAGAGCGCUCACUCACAUUACAAAAUCAUGCUCAGAUAGAAAAGCUUCUGUGAGUUUUCGCGAUAAUCGUAUCAUUUCUACACAUUUUAUCAUGUUCAAUCAUUGUUUUCUAUUUAAUGACUUGAUUAUUUUACAACUCAAGCUAUUACACUAUAUUUAUGAACGCUUUUACACGCCCCUAUAUACAUUUUAUACAACUGCAUAUUUUUUUGCAAAUCAUUUGAUCGUGAUUAUUAUCAUUUUUGAAAAUUAUUAUAAUACAACUAUUAUCGUAUGGAUAAUUAAAUUAGUUUCAAUUAUAAAAAUUAAGAAAUAUUCGAGUAACCAAUUAUAAGGACGCGAGCACACUCUGGUUUACGUUGAGUUAGCGCAAUAACUGUCACAUUCCAAUUUUUUUUUUACACAAGUAUUUAAUAUUAUUAUGCCUCGAGCUCAUAUAUUUUUUUUAUUGUCUAACUUCGCUAACCAAUAGAAAUUGUAUUAACUGAUUAUUAUUCAGAAGCACGUAAACACUCAACCAUAAUUUUUACAGUCAGCGAUUGUAAAUUUUUUACUUGAAUAAUAAAUUGUUUUCUACGAGUACUUUUUUUUUAACCUGUAGUAUUCCUUCAAAAAUAUUUUGGUUCAUUCACGAUAGGCCUGAAGAUUUAAGAGUAGGGUUCAUCGUACAGAGUCCGAGUGCGUCUUCUGGGAUUAACCAAAGUCAAGAAUUUCCGAUGGAAGCUAAAUCAUUUGAAGAAGAAAGUUCCAUGACUGCCUUGGCAGAAUCGGGGACUGAGGUGCCAUGGACUUCGGCGAUAACUGCGUCUCCCGAUAAGAUGCCAAUUCACAACGUUCGAUUGAUGGCAUCAUACGACAUGGGUUGGAGCACUCGAGGAAAUGGCUACCAAUAUGAUAGCUUGAACGGUUACGGAGCUCUUAUUGGUACACAAUCGAAUCUCGUCCUGGAUUAUGAAACGAGAAAUCGAAAAUGUCGUAUGUGCGAUCUUGGCCACCCUGUAGAGGAUCACGAUUGUAGGCUCAAUUUUUUUGGUAGCGCAAAAGCUAUGGAGCCGGAAGUUGCAGCUUCUUUAGCAACAGGUAGCCAAAUAUUAAAAGCCCACCAUGUUUCAGUCGGUGUGUUAAUAGGAGAUAAUGAUAGCUCGAGCAUUUGUGCUGUGCGCAAAAAAAGUUCGCAUGAAGUCAUUAAACAUUCUGAUUUCAAUCAUACGUCAAAGGGGGUGAAAAAUAUGUUGUACAAAAUUGGCAAGGAUAAAGAUCCUGAUGGAGAACUAUCUCCAGAUGCCAUAAAAUAUCUACACCGUUGCUUCACCUAUGCCGUAGCGCAGAAUAAGGGUAAUACAGAUGCUGUGAAAAGUGCAAUAUUGAAUAUACCCUUUCACGCAUUCAACAUUCACAGAAAAUGCGGAACAUGGUGCAAAUACGUACGUGAUCCCGAGAAAUACAGUCAUUCAGAUAUUACUAACUUUAAGAAUGACAUCUUAUUCGAAGAGUUGAAAAGAGUAUUCACAAAAUUAUCUGACAAUGCUGAUAAAUUCUCUGCGGGAGCUUCUAGUCAAGCCAACGAGAGCCUAAAUAGUAUAAUGUCAAGAAAAGCUCCUAAAAAUAUUUGCUACAGUCGCAGUGAGUCAGCCGAUAUUAGAUACGCUUGCGCUGUAGGGCAAAAAAAUGAAGGUGAGCAGUACAUUCAAAAUGCCAUGACGAAAGUAUUAGAGAUGAGUCCAGGAACACGAUGUUCCAAGUUCGUAGAACGAAGUGACAGAGUAAAAAAAUAUAGAACAAUGAGAGCAAAGACACCUGCUGCAAAGUGGAAACGUCGGUGCCUACGAAAUCAACGAUCUCAACUUCGACAUAACAAACAACAAACAGAAGGUCGAACUUACGAAAGACACAUGGGAUUAUUAGAGAUACCAGCCGUCGAUGGUGAUUCAUUAUCAAACUAUAUGAUAGAGAAUGAUGAAAAUUUGUUUGUAUUUUUCGAUUUAGAAACUGCGGGAUUGAAAGACACAUGCGAUAUUCUCCAAAUAGCAUGCAAAUCGGGUAAUAUUGAAUUUAAUAAAUAUAUGAAACCCCGCCAUGCAAUUCCAUCGAGAGCAUCUGAAAUACACGGUAUAACUAGCGCAGAAGGUGAGCUAUAUCACAACGGACAACAAGUUUUCUCACAAUCCGCGUCGAAUGUUCUCGAAGAAUUAUGUAUUUAUUUAAAUAAUUUCAAAAAACCGUGUAUUUUCGUCGCGCAUAAUUGUUCUUUCGAUGCCCCUCGUUUGAUGCGAAUAAUCGUUAAUUGUUCAGUGAUCGAAAAAUUCAAGCCACUUAUUGCUGGUUUUUGUGAUACGCUGCCUCUUUUUCGUAAAAAGUUCCCGGAACGAAAAAGCAAAGGACAAAAUUCUCUCACGACAUUGGCCACAGAGACUCUGAGUAAUAUAAGUAUAGAAAACGCGCAUGAUGCUUCGUAUGACACAUUUUUAUUGCAAGAAUUAGUUCGUUGCCAUUUCUCAGUGGAUGAACUUGCGAAAGACUGUAAAAGUUUUGACGAUAUUUUACAACUUUUGCUAAACAAACCAAAAAUUGCGAAUACGAUGCAAACCUUAGCACCCCUCGAUACAAUAAUAUCCUGUGCGAUGAGAAAGAGACUGGCAAUUGCUGGAGUUAAUUACUCAUUAAUAGUGAGUACUUUCCACCGCAAUGAGAAAGAAGCUAUCGAAUUACUCGAGCAAAGAGAAGAUGGCAAACCCCAACUUAUUAAAACAAAAAAAAUGUUAUUAAAGAUACUGGAUUUUUUAAAAAAACAGUCAUGAUUCGUGAUUUCAACCAAAAUUUAAUAUUAGUAUCAUUUGUUAUUUUAUGAACAAGAUAUAUUUAUUGUUAUUCUAACUCAAGAAACAAAUGUACAUUUCCAAAGAAAAUUAAACAAAA